AUGGCCAGCACCCGCAUCCUUCAUCUCUCCUCUCACCCCUUUCAGAUCAAGCUGAAGGAGAUCUUCGAGACGCCCUCCGAGAUCGCGCUUGUCCUGGAGCUGGUGACAGGAGGAGAGCUCUUUGACAGGAUCGUGGAGAGGGGGUUCUACAGCGAGCGGGACGCGGCCCACGUGGUCAAGCAGAUCCUGGAAGCCNNNNAGUAUCUGCACGAAAACGGAGUCGUCCACCGCGACCUGAAGCCGGAGAACCUGCUCUAUGCAGACCUGUCCCCCGAGGCUCCCCUUAAAAUCGGUGACUUUGGGCUCUCCAAGAUCGUGGAUGAACAGGACACCAUGAAAACUGUCUGCGGGACGCCUGGGUACUGCGCCCCCGAAAUCCUCCACGGGUGCCCGUACGGCCCUGAAGUGGAUAUGUGGUCCGUGGGCGUCAUCACCUACAUCCUGCUCUGUGGCUUCGAGCCCUUCUUUGACCCACGAGGGGACCAGUACAUGUACAGCCGCAUCCUCACCUGCGACUAUGAGUUUGUGUCCCCGUGGUGGGACGAGGUUUCCCUCAACGCCAAGGACUUGGUCAGAAAAUUGAUCGUUCUGGACCCCCAGAAGAGACUGACUGUCUACCAGGCUCUGGAGCAUCCCUGGGUCACCGGGAAAGCCGCUAAAUUUGCUCACAUGGACAGCACGCAGAAGAAACUGCAGGAAUUUAAUGCCAGGCGGAAACUGAAG